CGAGAAAUUGGGAGCGGUGGCGCUAUUCAGAGGUCGGUGAUGAUGAAGUUAAGGAUUUGUUUGUUGAUGGGUGUCUUAUUUCGGAGGAAACCGGAGUUGGUUUGUCUUUGUUUUCAACUCGUCAUACCUCGAAUCAUAUAAAGGUUGAUAAGAAGCAUGCUGCAAGGAUUGAAAAAUGAAGUUGUGGAUUUAAACUAGCAUAGUAGUUCAGGUUCAUUGAUCCGCUGAAUUUUGGCGCUUCGUGGUCAAAGUCGCAUAAUGGACAAGGAAGAAGUGAAGAAGGUCAUUCAUUCAGUGACCUCCAACAUAGGCAAGACUGAAGAAGAAUUAAGGAGAAACUCAAAUGGAAAAGCAAAUACCAAAACUUCGCCAUCCCUUUUAAGUAGCAAUGAGAAAAUUAUUUCCCGUUAUCUCAAAGUUUCUACCAACUCCUGUCAUGAUUACUGCAAGUACGGGAAGAAGCACGUCUUUGAAUCUAAAAAAAGAAUGCCCAAUCUCCAUAUGUCUUCAGCCAGCAGUGCGAUCCAAAAUGAAGAACAAACAGAAGUUUCAACUUUUCAAGGGAGGAGGAAGAAACAAGAAACAAAGGUGAAUUCUACUCAGUCUAAAGUAAAAUCAUUUGAAGCACCAGAAACCGAGAAAAUUUCGACUCCAUUACUGUCCUGUGAAGGUGAAGGAUCAUCUAAGGAACCUAUAAUCGUCAACACAAUGACUUCAUCGCCAAUCCAUCAAAUAGAAGAAUUAUCUGUGACAUCUGAGACUUUGAGUCAUCAGAGUUCUUUGCCCACUGAGAAAAGAAUAAUCUCUCAUGAUGCUAGCACACCUCUACUUUGGUCUGAAAAAUCAUCAGAGAGGUCUGAAAGCAUGGAGCUGGAUUCGCCAUCAUCCACUCAUACACCUAAAGAUCAACUCAAAGGAUCAUCUGAGGAGCUGGGAUUUGAAACAGUGACCUCAUUGCCAGUAAUCGCGAGUGUGGGAUUGGAGAAAACAGCUUCAUUACCCACUGAAAAGAGUGUAAAGGCUAAGAUUAUACCACCUACCAAGAAAAGCACUGCAUCUUCUAGUAGAGUAGUAGAAUCAUCCGCAAAAUCUUUAAGCAUGAAGCUAAAGACUCCAAAACCUAAAGAAAACCAGAUAGAGAAUUUGAAGAUGGUUGAAGGGAUGAAGAGAGGGGUGGACCAAACAAAGAUGAGCCCCCAGUUAAAAACAGAACAACCUACUGUUGUAAAAAAGAUGAUUACAUCAGCUAGGGAGAAGAUAACAUCUGCAUCUGUUAAGCUGAAAGUUGCUGAACACAAAAGCCCGUUUUCUGCCAAGAAAGUCACUAUGUCAGAAUCGCCAAUAUUUACUAAGCAGAAGGAAUCAUUGGUUAUUAAGAAGAUUGACGGGCCUGCUCAGCCCUCAAUCUCUUUGAAAUCAACUACUCCUGUGGUGAAAUCUACUGCAACACUUAUUUCUUCAAGAAGCGCAUCUGCUCAAAGAAACUCCACGAACAAGAUAGUGAAGAGUUUAGAUCCAGGACUGAAGUCAUCAAAAGCAUCUACAUCCAGCAAACCUUCUGAGAUUAGGGGUAGGGGUAGAAGCUUGAAACCGUUGUCCCCAGCAAAGAAUCGAGCAAAAGUUGGCAAACCGGAAGACACUAAUGAGAAAGCGAAGGAGAAAACCUUGCACGUCAUUGAGCCAAAACCGAUGAAGGCAAGUUCAAAACCUAAAGCAAAGGAACUGAAUAAAAAUAGAGCACAUUCUUCAUCAAGUACCUCUUCCUCUCCAUCGUCAUCGUCAUCGUCAUCAUCAUUGUCUGUGUCGUCACAUGACAAAGAAGAAAGCAAGAAGUUUGAGUGUACACUGAGGAAAGCAACUGAAUUGGCCUUAGCCAAAGACAAAACCAAGAGAAGCAAAACUGUUAGCUCUCCAAAAUACAAUGAGAAGAGGAGGUUGACCAGAAUUGCAACUGCAACUGUCCUCUCAGAAACCAAAGCCCCCUCCACUUACAUGAUGAAGUUCCGCAGGGGUAAGGUAAUAAAUCCUAUGCCUGAAAAUGACACUCCUCGGAUGUUAAAAUUUAGACAACCAAAGGGGACAAAUGAGAAAAAUAAAGAUGUUGUGAGAACUAUUCAAAGGAGGAGAGUUUCUUCUGGUUCGUCUGCUGAGUUGAUUGCUCCAAGCUUGGAAACUCCGGCGGUGGUUUUGAGACAUCAAGAUUUACAAGAGAAAGAAAGUCAAGCUUUGUUCAAUGAUGUGAUCGAAGAGACUGCCAGUAAACUUGUGGAGACGAGGAAGAGCAAGGUAAAGGCUCUUGUGGGUGCUUUUGAGACUGUCAUCUCUCUGCAAGAAAGUCGCGUGGCUCCAACUGUCUGAAUUGUAAAACAGAAGAAUGGGGAUUUCGAGUAUAUAUAAAGUUCGGACAUGAUAUAUAAACAGAGAGAAACAUGUUAGAUCAAGGUAGCAAUCCACUGAAAGGUAUGAAAUCUUGUAAAUUUGUUGGUUAUUUGGAAGCACAAUCUUCUGUUCAUCUCCAUUGUGGAUAUUCAUGUGGUUCUUGUUAAGAGUUGGUUAAUAAAGCUGAUGGAUGCUUGGUCCUUGAGAUUUUA